UCGGAUUGCGAUGGCGAUUCGUCGGUGAGAACAUAACCAAGUUCUUGAGUUCAAUAAUUUUCGAGGGUAGAAAAAUUGGUAUAUUUAAUAAUUAAUAGUGUUUAUUGUAUACAUUCAUUUGGCUUGGAGUCUGCGAUUGCAUAAGGAUUAUACUGAUUGAAUCAAAUACUGAAAGAAAUGGAUCGAUUUGACAAAGUGUAUCUUGCAAGUAUAGCAACAGUUUCAACUGCAUCUUAUAGUUUAUUUAUGAUGAACGACAAUCUUGAAGAAAGCGAAGACGAAGCUAACGAAUUUACCACGGCCUAUGUAACCAAUCGCGCCCUCCUGGAGGUUCCUAGUAGAAUGAAAGGCUUCGUAGAAGUCACUGUACAGUCAUGUUCUGAAGGCGAAUUCCAAGAGGAUUUCCGCAUGUCCAAACCUCAAUUCAAUUGGCUUCUCCAAGAAGUGUCACCUCUAUUGUCAAGUCCCCGAAUGACAGGACGUCAAACAGACAAUAAAAUGGGGAUACUUCUAGCUGUAUUAUGGCUUUUGGCCAAUCAAGAAAGCUACAGGUCUGUGGCUAAUCGAUUUGAUAUGAGCAAAUCGGACUUAUUUGAUGCGUUUUUUAGAGUCAUAAAUGCUCUCAACAUAUUAGCACCAAAAAUUAUCACUUGGCCGGAUGAAGCUAGACGUCGAUGCAUAGAAAAAGGAUUUUCCAAAGCUUCUGCUAUUUCGGGAGUAGUUGGAGUCAUUGAUGGGACCUAUGUACCUAUAUUAUCCCCAAGAAAUGAUCCCCAAGCAUGUGUAAAUCGCAAAUGCUUCUAUGGUAUUACCCUACAGGGUAUAUGUGACCAUGAAUUAUUAUUGACUGACUGUUACACGGGUUACCCAAGUUCUGUAAGUGAAAUCAGGAUUUUUCGAAAUUCAGAUAUUUAUUCGGAAUUUAUCGAAAAUCAUCCGUCUUAUUUUGAUGAAGAUCAAUUCAUCGUGGGUGACAAAGCAUAUCCCGUCACUCAAUGGUGUAUUCCUCCAUACAUUGCCCAUCGAGAAUUAACAGGAAGGCAAACGAUGUUCAAUACGAGACAUGCGAAGACCAGGACAGCUAUUGAGCGCUGUUGGGCAUUAUUGUUUGGAAGGUUCCGUCGAUUACAAUAUGUAAAUAUGAAACGUACAGAAUUGAUACCUUCCACAAUAAUAGCUUGCUGUGUUCUUCAUAACAUUUGUCAGAGGGACCCCGAUCGUUUUGCAGUCGAAUACGAAGCUGAUGGACAUCGUCAUUUUGCAUGUUUAGAUUAUGUAACACAAAACCUCAUGCAUGAUGAUGAUAUUGAUGAUGAUGAUGGUCGUGGGAAUGAUGAUGAUGUGGGGUUUCAAGUGAUCCAUCAACGAGGAAUUGAACUCCGUAAUAACUUGGCCGAUGCACUUGAUUCAGACAUAUAAAAAUAAUUAUGCUCACAAUAAUACUCACUCAUGCAAUAUUGGUAUUUGGAAGCUUCGAACGGCAGUCGAGAAACAAGUUUUGUAUGUAGAGAAACCACUUCCAGCAAUUGGAUAUUCUGAUAGGCUAUGAAGAGCCACUUAUUAAUAAAUAAUGUAUCCAAGAAUAUCUCAAUUAUUAUGCUUAUUUAUG